AUGGUCAAGCUCACCGAGGUCGAAGACGAGCACUUCUCCGAGAAGCCCACCGCCACCAAGCACGAUGCCCUCCUGGUCUCCGACGAUGAGGACGACUACUCUGACACUGACUCCGAGAUCUCCGACGAUGAGGAUGUCGAGAUUGACGGCGAAUCUCUCUACGAACGUAUCGCUGCCCUGAAAGAUAUCGUUCCCCCUUCCACCCGCCGCACUGUCUCCGACUCCAUCACCUCCGUCACAAACCUUACCAAGGCCACCUUCUCUUUCAGCGGAAAGGCCCUUUGGGUUAUUAGCACCAGCGCUUUCCUGCUCGGUGUGCCUUUCGCGCUCGCUUACGCUGAGGAGGAGCAGUACAUCCAGAUGGAGCGUGAGCAGGGCAUGAUUAAGGGAGCUAACGAGGUACGUGUCUGA